AUGGCACCUGUGUUGGCACCAGAACCAAACACAAGAUUANUGGACGAUGAAAGCACAGAUUUUCAAGAUCCCAGACAGAAAAUCAGGUCUCUUUAUAAGAGGGAUAAUCACCUAGGAGUUCUUUCAACGCAGGAUGAAGGGCUGAUUAGGAUAAGUCCAACCAACUCGGAGCAAAAUUUGACAGAAGUGGACCAUAUUGUGUCUGUGUUUGUUGUGGCUUUUGAUACAAAAGCAGGAAAUGUGAUAGAGUGGUGCCUUCCACAAGAAAUGGAUCUUGAGGGAGUAGAAUUUAAAUCUAUGCCAAGCGGGUCACAUCAUCUCUUAAAAGAUUUUGUAUAUUUUAGAAAAGCCGAGUUCUAUGGCCUAGCGUGCUUUGAGAACAUGCCAGUGGAAAGCCAGAUAGAGAGGGGUGCCAGAAUGAAGUCUGUGGGAAUCCUCUCAACCUCAUACACACUUUUAUAUAGACACAUGCAAUUACUGGAAACCCAAGUCAGACACCAGUUGGAGACCCCAGGCAGGUACUCCCAGUUAGAGGCAUUCUACGAAGACAAGAAAGCAGUGCUGCCACCCAGUGGUAGCGCGGGGAGCUUACGAAACUUAACAUCGACUCCAGCAUCGACACCUAGUAGUGACAUACUGCCAGAACUCAAAAUUACACAUCCUGCCGGCUGCUUCUCACAGUUCAUCAAGUUCUUUGGAGAACAAAUCUUUGUGCUUUGGAAGUUUGCAUUAUUACAGAAACGAAUAAUUUUCUUCUCCCCGCCUCCUAUAGGAGUCGUGUGUUAUCGUGUUUACUGUGCCUGCUGCCUAGCCAAUCACAGCUCAGAUUUAAGGAUAUCCAGUCACGAAGUGGAGCCCUAUUUCUACAUUAACGUCGCUGAUAUUGACAGUUUAGAAUCAGAGGUCUCAUUUAUUGCAUGUACCACAGAGAAGAUAUUUCAGAGUAAAACCCAGCUUUAUGAUGUCUAUGUGGACAACCAGGAUGUGACUACACAUGUUCCUGGACUGCAAGAACUGCUACGAGUUAGCCCUGCUGACAAAGAUAAGAUGGCAAAACUCAAUAAUCAGAGAUCAGCCCAAUUAUUCUUUGUAGAAGGACUUGGAGAACAAACAGCAAUGGAGGAAGAGGAAGUGUUUACUCUAUUUUUCACAGAGCAAAACAACAGGAUAUUCCAGACACUGUUGGACGUUAGUGUGUCAAUGGACAGGACGUUGACUUCAGAUCAUAUGAGAAGUAUGGGCCUGGAUCCCAUUGGGGACCGCCCCUUUCUUAUGGAACUAGUGGAAAUGUAUGGCAUUGACGUGGUUCUCAUGAUUGAUAACCCUUGCUGUCCUAAAUAGAAAUAAAUAAGAGAACGUGGGUGGAAAGAUUGAAUUAAUUGGAAUGAGAAGGACCCCAUACAUAUUGGAAAUGUUGGCAGUAAGCAUUUUGACAAGUUUUUCAUACUGCCAUAUGUGCUAUUGCAUCAUGGAAGGACUUCCCAUGGUUUUACAUCGAUGGCUACCAUGAAUGAGAGAAAUUUUCUGGAUGCAAUAUUUUAGAAAAAUCUCUUCUAUACUGGUACCAGUGCAUCUACUUAAAAUGUUUUUGAAAGCUGAGCUUUAUGAAAGCAGAAAUAAAAAUAGGACACUUACAAGGCUUCAAACAACUUAUCAAUUGUCUUUUAUUUAUAAUUUAUACUGUGAUAAAUUCAUAGAAAUAGGGGGCCACAUUAAAAAGUGAGCAAUUUUAUGAUUACUGUUCAUGAUAAGUCUUUUUGUUUGAAAAAUCAUUUAGAAGCCCAGGCUUGAGUUGAAAUAUAGAAAUUUGGAUCAAAACUUAAGACACUGUACAUGCAGAAUGUAUUUUUACUUUUUUUUCUCAAAGAAUGUUAUUUAUCUCAUCGAAUAUAAGUAUUUUGCAGCUAAAAUGUAUAUAUGAAUUUUAGUUUAUAUUUUCAAACCAAUAUCAAUUGAAUUUUGUAU